CAUCAUCAAAUUUUCAUUUUUCUAUCACGCGCGUUUGUAUUUUUGAAUUCUUAUUCCUUUGUUCGAAAGAUAAGUCAUCUUGUUGAUUUUGUUCUUAAUUAUCAUAUCGGUAAACUAAACUUAUAAUCGUUAAUUUAAAUUUCAAGGAAAAUGUAAAUUUCUACGAAACUCCUAUAUUGUUUUUGGUGAUAAAACAAAAGGCUCAAAUAUGCUUUAGAUUAAUUUUCGCGAACAAUUGUAUAACUACAAUUGGACAGAUGUUUGAAUUAUAGUUAUCCAUAUCUUAGACUCCCAAUUUCACGAUCUUGUUGAUCAUUACGGUCAUAAAAGACGAUUAGUGCUCUCUCAACUUGAUAACGGUAAAGAUGUUCACGAAGUUGCUUGUGUUUUGCUUUGCUAUUGCAGUACUGAGUAUCGCAACAGAAAGCUUGGCGGAGACCAUUGAGAUCGUUCAAAUUGACCCUAAAGAUUUCCAUAAGAAACAUCCAGAUAAACAAUGCCAAGAAUACUCAAGGUUUUACAACGACUACUAUAGCAAGUAUUAUAAUACUUACUAUUACAACUACUACAAUCAGAGAUGCAAGGAACCAACAAUUCUUAAUUUAAAUGUGGACAAUGUGAAUGUUGAAUGGGUUUGUACGAAUCCUAAAACGAAAGACUCACUAAUCAUUGGAUGUAAGAAUACUCAAUCAAAUGGCCAGUAUUACCCAACGCCUAACUUUCAGUCACAUAAUUCACCGGAACAGCAAAAUCUUUCAUCACAGAAGCAACCAUCACAAUCAAAUCGACCUAAUACCGGUGGCUCGGGUCUUAUCGACAUUAGAGUGGGAAUUUCAGAAUAUAACAUAAGCAAAUCUCAUUAGUCUCGUGUAUGUUCAAUCUACUGAUAGACAUACCAUAAAAAUUUCACUUGAAAAAUAGUCUUGACGCCUUCAUUUUUUCCAAUCAAAUUCAAUUUACCUGAUAGAUGUUUUAUAUCAAACACCGAUAUUUUAUGAUACUUAUUUGUAAAUUAUCAGUGAAACUACAGUUAAUUCGAUGGAAUAUACAAACUUUUAAUA